ACGAGGCCAUGAGGACCGAGCUGCAGCUGGAGGCCAGAAGUUCAGGCAGUGAACGGGAGGAGAGACAGCGUCUGGAGACCAUCCUCAGUCUCUGUGCUGAAUACACAAAGCCCGACCGUCGCUUGUCCACAGGCACCACCGUGGCCGAUGUGCAGAAGAUCAAUAAGGAGCUUGAGAAGCUGCGGCUCUCUGAUGAGGAGUCCGUGUUUGAAGAAGCCAUGGUGAGCCCUGACGCCAGGUACAGGUGCCGCCCGAAAGGCUCUCUCCAUGAUGCGGACGCGGCAAUCUUCGGGAGCGUCGGGCAGAGCAGUGCUGGCUUCCUGUCCCCCAGGAGCAGCAGGAAUGAUGACCUGCUCAGGGACCUCACGCCUCCCUUUCUGAAAACUUCCAGCGAGUCUGCUUAUCUUAGUAUCCUACCGAAGACGCCAGAGGAUAUAAACGAAGAACAAAGGAUUCAGGAGUUGGCAGCAAUGGAAGAGACCCGGAUAGCAAUUCUAAAUAACCUCGAAGAACUUGAACAAAAAAUCAAAGAUAUCAAUGACCAGAUGGAUGAAUCUUCCAGAGAGUUGGAUAUGGAAUGUGCUCUUUUGGACGGAGAACAGAAAUCUGAAACAACUGAACUUAUGAAAGAGAAGGAAAUUUUGGAUCAUCUAAAUCGGAAAAUAGCAGAACUGGAAAAGAACAUCGUUGGUGAAAAGACCAAGGAGAAGGUAAAGCUUGAUGCUGAGAGGGAAAAACUAGAGAGGCUUCAGGAGCUUUACUCCGAGCAGAAGACCCAGCUGGACAAUUGUCCUGAGUCCAUGAGGGAGCAAUUACAGCAACAACUGAAGAGGGAUGCCGACCUGUUGGACGUGGAGAGCAAACACUUUGAAGACCUGGAAUUCCAGCAGCUUGAGCGUGAGAGCCGUCUGGAUGAGGAGAAGGAGAACCUGACCCAACAGCUCCUGCGUGAAGUAGCCGAAUAUCAACGGAACAUUGUGACUCGAAAGGAAAAAAUUUCUGCAUUGAAAAAGCAAGCCAAUCACAUUGUCCAGCAGGCUCAGAGAGAACAAGAUCAUUUUGUGAAAGAAAAGAAUAAUUUAAUAAUGAUGUUGCAAAGAGAAAAGGAAAAUCUUUGUAAUUUGGAAAAGAAAUACUCCAGCCUCUCUGGGGGGAAAGGGUUUCCUGUCAACCCCAGUACUCUGAAAGAGGGCUAUAUCAGUGUAAAUGAAAUUAAUGAGCCAUGUGUCAAUUCCACGAAUCUAUCCCCUUCCACUCAGUUCCCCGCUGAUGCUGAUGCUGAUGCCACUGGGCCUACCACAGCUGUGCUGGUGAGCCAGCCACAAAAUAAAGAGCAUUUUAGAAGUCUGGAAGAAAGGAAAAAACAGCAUAAAGAAGGCCUCUAUCUGAGUGACACUUUGCCUCGAAAGAAAACCACACCUUCCAUAUCCCCACAUUUCAGCAGUGCUACUAUGGGGAGAAGCACCGCCCCGAAGGUUCACCUGCCCCUGGGACAGAGCAGUAGCUGCGGCAGCGUCCUCCCUCACUCUCUGGCAGCCGUGACCAAAGACUCAGACUCCCGGAGGGUGCUCAGAGGAAGGAUGAAUUUCUCAGCAGGAGCAAUUAGUAAUUCCAAAAGUUCAAGUAUCAAAGGGUAUAAUCACCAACAGAUGAGUGAAGGACAAAGGCAGAAAUCUUCUGAAUUUUACAACCGCACAGCAUCUGAAUCAAAUGUCUACUUGAACAGUUUCCACUACCCCGAUCACAGCUAUAAGGACCAGGCCUUUGAUACGUUGAGCCUAGACAGCUCCGAUAGCAUGGAGACCAGCAUCUCCGCCUACUCACCUGACAAUAUCUCUAGUGCCAGCACUUCAAAUAUUGCCAGAAUAGAAGAAAUGGAGAGACUUUUGAAGCAGGCUCAUGCAGAAAAGACCCGACUGCUUGAAUCCAGGGAACGGGAAAUGGAAGCCAAGAAACGAGCUCUGGAAGAAGAAAAACGACGGCGAGAACUCCUGGAAAAACGAUUGCAGGAGGAAACUAGCCAGCGGCAGAAGUUAAUCGAAAAGGAAGUAAAAAUCAGGGAGAAACAAAGGGCACAGGCUCGACCUCUGACACGCUAUCUGCCUGUCCGGAAGGAAGACUUCGAUUUGCGAAGCCAUGUAGAGACUGCUGGCCACAAUAUCGAUACCUGUUACCAUGUGUCGAUCACAGAGAAGACCUGCCGAGGAUUCCUUAUCAAAAUGGGUGGAAAAAUUAAAACUUGGAAAAAACGAUGGUUCGUUUUUGAUCGGAACAAACGCACAUUCUCUUAUUAUGCAGACAAGCAUGAAGCUAAAUUAAAAGGAGUAAUAUACUUCCAAGCCAUUGAAGAAGUGUAUUAUGAUCACCUCAAGAACGCUAAUAAGAGUCCUAAUCCAUUACUCACCUUUAGUGUCAAGACGCACGACAGAAUCUACUAUAUGGUUGCGCCGUCGCCGGAAGCCAUGCGCAUCUGGAUGGAUGUUAUAGUUACUGGGGCGGAAGGUUACACGCACUUCUUGUUGUAGUGAAUAACAGUCUACUUCAGGGCUGACUGCAAUAAUCUCUUACAAGAAUGAAGCCAUACUCAAUCCCAGAUGGAAAGACCCAACAGACCCAUCCCUCUCACUGUGUAUACUCAGAACUCCUUUUAUAUUAAUAGAAAGUCAUUUAUAAAAGAGAAAAAAGGGGUUUAAAUUCAAAGCUGGAUGAUAAAUAGCGAAAGGAUUGAAGCACCUAUGAGAAAAAAAAACACUGUUUUGGUAAAUAGCAUCACUUAUAGGAAUAUUUCUUAUAAACUAUUUUUAUCGAUUGUUUACUUUGGUGAAAUAAACGGAAUGGUUUACAAAAUGUAUGUACUUGGAAAUAUGAAAUUAUUUUAGCACCCCAGUUAUUGGCAUUGACAUUAUUGGUUAUCAACUGGUAUUUUAAAAAGCAUUUUGCUGAAGGUUAUUUUAUAAAUAGAAGCAAAUAAGGGUUUGGAGGGGAAUAUAUUUUAGGAGGAGUUUUGCCCUAAUUAUUAAGUACUGCACCUAAACCAAAGACUUGAUAUGACUUCUGUUUAACAGUGGUAGUUUCAGGUGACGAACCGCAUUUGGUGUUACUCUACAUUUUAAAAUGGUACUUUGAUGCCAUCAACUGUCUAGAAAGUUGACUCUGAACAGUUACCACUGGUAUAAGCUACUGUACAUAGAAAGCAAAUCACUUUUUGUAAAAGAAGAAAAAACAAAAAGUUGUGUGUUUUAGAUAGAAGCCGUCUUAUUAGACAUUCUGUCUCUUUGAGCAAUUUAAAAUAAGGAGAAGAUUUCAUAUUUUGCUAAAGAUUCCUCCAUUCCCGGUGCUGAGAAUAAAGGUAGCCAGCAGCCGAUUUCCUUUAGAUUGUCUGUUUCCUCUUUUUUGUAGAACACACCUGUUAAAUGCAGCCUCACGUGCCAUAACGAUGAAAUCAGAGCUCUGUUUUCACCAAAGAACAGACCAAUUAAAAUACUUAUUUACAGAAGUAGCAUAGUUCUAUAAAAAGGAAAAUGAACUUCGACUUAAUGUUCUUUGUAAUGUACUAUUUUAUUAUGUAUUUCUUUACAUUUAGCCUUUGUUUUUUAGAGUUAAAUUAAUUUUUGUUGAAUGAAAUGACUUCAGGCAAGUCUCUUUUAUAACAGUUUUUCAAAUGACUUUAUCCUGGUUUGUCAUGUGUGUAUUUGCAAGUAUAAACAUACUCUUUCCUAAAAGUUGGCAAAUGAAUAGAAGUAGGAAAUAAUGGCUUUGCUUACUAGGACAGGGUGAAAUGAUUAGAUUGGAAGUGUCCGUAAAAUCUUUGUCAGGCCUGACGGGGUACAAUUUUUAAAACUUUGCAGUGUGGUUUGUAUACAUGUAUACAUGUUGCCAAUAAUAAGAUUUUGCAACUGGAUAACACAUGAUUUUACUUGAACAGUGGAGGACAAAGUCACGAUUGCAAAAGACAUUUUUAUAAUAUGUUUUUUCAGAGAUCACCCCAAACCCGUAACGAUCUAAAAGAGUGAAAUGCAAUUGCUAAAAUUUUGUUGGUUAAUGUAAAGAUGUAACUUGUCUGUACUGUACUUUAUAGGAUUAUAAAGAUAUUCUAAUCAGCAUUAUAUUUUGCAUGAUGUAGUAAACCUUUUAAAAUGUGUGUUAAAAUAUGUUGAAUAUGGAUUAAAAUGUUGACCAGAUUUCACAUUUGAAAAUAAACUCAUCUCUCAUUAG